CACCAUUGGCCCCUUCUGCGCAGGCCACCACGCGCACAAGCACAAGUCGACGACCAAAAACAGAGGGAGAAGAAAAGGCAAAGGUCUCCAAGAUCUCGGCUCAGAGAGAGAGAGAGAGAGAGAUCUGAGAGAGAGGUGCUUCGGAGAUGCACGACUUCUGCUUCACGAUCCCCUACGGGUUCGCGGUCCUGGCCGGCGGCCUGCUGGGCUACCUCCGCCGCGGCAGCACCGCCUCCCUGGCGGGCGGCGCCGGCGUGGGCGGGCUUCUCCUCCUGGCAGGGUUCGUCAGCCUCAAGGCCUUCGAGAAGCGCCGCAACUCCUACCUCGCCCUCGCGCUCGAGACCCUUUGCGCACUGGCCUUGACCUUUGUUAUGGGGCAGAGAUACCUUGAAACUUCAAAGAUAAUGCCGGCUGGUGUUGUUGCUGGCCUCAGUGUUCUGAUGUCGGCAUUCUAUCUAUUCAAAAUUGCUACCGGUGGCAACCAUUUCUCGCCAAAGAAAGAGUAGACCAGACGGUGCUUGGCCAAACUCAAAGACCAUAUGGCAUAUUGUGUUCUGCAUUCCAAUUGUAACUUGACUGAUGCUCUAUGUUGUGCUUGCACCUUUGCUCAAAUGUUUUGUAUGCGGACCUGGGAAGUAUUCACCAUGUAAAUGAACUAACAUUUCAAUUGUGCUUCGCCGAGGUGCAAACUUGUCUUAAUUGCCUGUUGUUAUUGAGCAAAAGUAAAUACACCUAAUUUCUUGGUCUUCGAUUAA